AUGGCGGCGGAUGGCACCUGUGGGGGCCGGGGGCGGGGGGCCGGGGAGCAGGAAGGCGGGGCGGGCCGACGAGCCGGCAGGAUGGUGGGUUUCACUCCGGGGCUUCCCCGUCCUUGCUCUUCCUCCUGCAGCGGCGGCGGCGGCUACGACAAGCGACGGCGGGCGGCAGCGGCAGGAGCAGGCGACUCCACUUUCAAAAUGGCGCCGGCUGGCCUGGGCAGUGACGUCACCGGGGGCGUGGUCUCCGGGCGUGGCCGGGGGCGGGGCGAGGCGGGGAGCGGCCCGGCGGCCUCCUGGCCCCGCCCCUUCCUCUCCGCGGGGCCGCCUGGUCCCACCGUCCGGUCCUGCGCCGCGCCCGGGCCCGCGCUGGGGACCGUGGACCGGGGAUCGGGGUCCGGGCAUCUGCCCUCUUUCGGCGCCCGGUGCGCGCUCCUCUCGGCCCAGCUCCCCGGCCCCGGCCCCCCAGCCCUCGCGCCGGUGCCGGACCCUGGGGCGGCGCCGCUCUCCCGAAAAAGUCCCCGCUCGCAGGGGUUUAUGCGGGCCUGGGUCUUUUUAGCGAAUACCCGUUUUGCUCCUUAAAAUAGUGCCCCUGUGGGUUGAGGGGAAAGGGAUUGGGGUGCAAACUCUGCGCGGCCAAGGUGAAAGUUCGCGGAGCUGGGAGGGCGUCGCUGAGCCGGUUCCAUGGGGGUGACCCGGAAACUGCGGCGACGGCCCUUGGCGACGGGACGCGGUUCAGUAUGGUUUCCGAACAGCAAGCUGAGUUUGCCGGUCGCCGAAGAUGGCCGGGAAAGAGGCCCAGUUUCUAACACUAAAAGCGUGGAAACAGUGGUGAAGAGUCAGGCUGCCAAACACUGGCUCCACACAUGAUGGCCAUUCCAUUCUUUCUACCUUAUAGGACCGUUUCCAAGAUGAAAUUACUUAAUUGGAGUGCAUGGUAAAUGCUAACUGCUAAGUUAUGAUCAGAUGUGUACGGAAAGCAUCUUCUAUGGAGUGAAGAGGUGUAAAGAAAAAGUAAACAGGAAACCAGUCACCAGCCAAGAAGGGAUGUGCACUUCAUUGAAAGAUGUAUUCGUGGUGCAGUCAUGAAAGAUGGUUGUACAUGUCAGUCUCCACAAUAC